GUCCAUCAGGGGCGAUGCUGAUAUACAUAUGAACGUUUCUCCGUCUCUGCCUACUAAAUUUACGGAGGCAGAAUUUAGGGGUUGGAUAAGAGAAAGAUUAGAAAAGAGGAUUGGAGGGAAAACAAGAACACGCCCAAGCAAAGGUUUGCAUUGAUCAUAUCGUCACCGGCAGCAAAUUUCUUCGGGUUUGCUGCUUCAGAUUUCAAUCUUCCGCCACAUCCAUUUCAUUCAUCAACCCUCUCUCACAAAUUCAACCCUUCUUCUUCUUCUUCUUCUUCUUCUUCUUCUAAUCGCCGUCACCUUCGUCUUCGUCUUCUUCUCCCCGGCCGCAAAACUAGUCUGCGGUCAUUCAGGAGAGAGGAGGUGCCCCCACGAGAGUUUGGAGAUCAAUUGGUGGUUUCUUUCUUAAACGAACAGGGUAGCUGUAACUAUGUCGACUUUGAAUUUCCCUCCGGUGCUUCCUUCUCCCAGGGACGAUGCCAUUCUCCUCAAAAAAGCUUUCAAAGGAUUCGGGUGUGAUACCUCGGCAGUUAUAGAUAUUCUGGCUCAUCGAGAUGCAGCACACCGUGCUUAUAUCCAAUAUGAGUACCGAACAAUGUACUCGGAGGACAUAUUCAAGCGCUUGUCGUCGGAGCUUAGUGGCAAGCUGGAGAAUGCAGUUCUUAUGUGGAUGCAAGAUGCUCCAGGAUGUGAUGCUACGAUUGUAAGGCAGGGAUUGAUGUCUGAAACUAGUAAUUUGGAUGCCGUUACUGAAGUGAUCUGUUCCCGUACGCCUUCACAGAUACAGUUAUUUAAACAGCACUACUAUGCAAGGUUUCGUGUGUACCUCGAGCAUGAUAUUGAAACUCAUACUUCUGGAGAUCAUAAAAGGUUGUUGCUUGCUUAUGCAAGUACUCCCCGCUAUGAAGGCUGGGAAGUUGACAAAGAGGUGGCUGCGAAUGAUGCAAAGACUCUAUACAAAGCAGGGGAGAAGAGGUUGGGAACUGAUGAGAAGACAUUCAUCAACAUUUUCAGCUCACGUAGCGCUGCUCAUCUGGUUGCUGUUGAUGCUGCUUACCAGAACUUAUACGGACACGACUUGAAGAAGGCUGUGAAAAAGGAAACAUCGGGACAUUUCAAGCAAGCACUGUUGACUAUUCUGUUGUGCUCCGAGAAUCCUGCAAAAUACUUUGCAAAGGUGCUGCACAAGGCGAUGAAGGGUCUGGGCACCAAUGACACAGCACUAAUACGGGUAAUCGUGACGAGGACCGAGAUCGAUAUGCAAUACAUAAAAGCCGAGUACCUGAAGAAGUACAAGAAGAAACUUAAUGACGCUGUUCAUUCUGAAACAUCAGGGAGUUACAGGAAGUUCUUGCUUGCCCUUCUGGGACCUUCCGGUUAAAGGGCAUUUGCAGGGACUAGCAGUGAAGAGCUAGUGUUUUGUGUGUUUGAACCAAAAACCUAUGUUGUACUGUGUGUAUCAUGCAUGUCUGUAUUCGGUAAAUUAAUAGGGGUUUAGGAGGGUUUUUAAUGCUGUGAUUCAUGGAACUUCUUCAUGGCUUGGUGUCUCUUCUGUGGUGUACUUGAUGUUUCAAACAUUUUGUUGUAUAUAUGAGUGAUUGGCUACACAUCUGCUUGCCAGCUUUUGAGGGUCCAAAAAUGUUUCGAUUAUGACGAUGAUUGUCCUUUACUCUUAGUUCUGAACGUUUUGACCAGUUUACGACAAGCGGACUUCCUGUGGUC